CCAUGCCCUUGUGAAUUAAAAAGUGGCGUGAGGAAGCCCCUGCUGCGAGUGUUGCCUUCACUUGCGAUACAAGUAUUUGUACUGCAGAAAAAAAAAAAAAUGAAUGACACACACCUUGCAGUUAUCAUCUAUGGAUUCAGUUUGGAAAUGUGCUGCUCUGGUUGGUGAAGACCAGCCUCUCUGCCCAGAUCUUCCUGAACUUGAUCUUUCUGAACUAGAUGUGAAUGACUUGGAUACAGACAGCUUUCUGGGUGGACUCAAGUGGUGCAGUGACCAAUCAGAAAUCAUAUCCAACCAGUACAACAAUGAGCCUUCAAACAUAUUCGAGAAGAUAGAUGAAGAAAAUGAGGCAAACUUGCUAGCAGUCCUCACAGAGACACUGGACAGCCUCCCUGUGGAUGAAGACGGAUUGCCCUCAUUUGACGCACUGACAGAUGGAGACGUGACCACUGACAACGAGGCCAGUCCUUCCUCCAUGCCUGACGGCACCCCUCCACCUCAGGAGGCAGAAGAGCCGUCUCUACUUAAGAAGCUCUUACUGGCACCGGCAAACACUCAGCUGAGUUAUAAUGAAUGCAGUGGUCUCAGUACCCAGAACCAUGCAAACCACAAUCACAGGAUCAGAACAAACCCUGCAGUUGUUAAGACCGAGAAUUCAUGGAGCAAUAAAGCAAAGAGCAUUUGUCAACAGCAAAAGCCACAAAGACGUCCCUGCUCAGAGCUUCUCAAGUAUCUGACCACAAAUGAUGACCCUCCUCACACCAAACCCACAGAGAACAGGAACAGCAGCAGAGACAAAUGCACCUCCAAAAAAAAGUCCCCCACACAAUCGCAGUUGCAACAUGUACAAGCCAAACCAACAACUUUAACUCUUCCUCUGACCCCAGAGUCACCAAAUGACCCUAAGGGUUCCCCAUUUGAGAACAAGACUAUUGAACGAACCUUAAGUGUGGAGCUCUCUGGAACUGCGGGCCUAACUCCACCUACAACCCCUCCUCAUAAAGCCAACCAAGAUAACCCUUUCAGGGCUUCUCCGAAGCUGAAGUCCUCUUGCAAGACCGGGGUGCCACCGCCAUCAAAGAAGCCCCGGCACAGUGAGUCUUCCGGUACCCAAGUCAAUACCUCCACCAAGAAGGGGGCCGAGCAAUCUGAGUUGUAUGCGCAACUCAGCAAGUCCUCGGUGCUCGGAGGUGGCCAAGAGGAGAGGAAGGCUAAGCGGCCCAGCCUACGGCUGUUUGGUGACCAUGACUACUGUCAGUCCAUUAAUUCCAAAACGGAAAUAAUUAUCAAUAUAUCACAAGAGCUCCAAGACUCUAGACAACUAGACUAUAAAGACGCCUCUUCUGCCUGGCAGGGGCAGAUUUGUUCUUCCGCAGAUUCCGACCAGUGCUAUCUGAGAGAGACUUUGGAGACCAGCAAGCAGCUCUCUCCUUGCAGCACCAGAAAACAGCUCCAGGACCAGGAAAUCCGAGCUGAGCUGAACAAGCACUUCGGUCAUCCCAGUCAAGCUGUUUUUGACGACGAAGCAGACAAGACCAGUGAACUGAGGGACAGUGAUUUCAGUAAUGAACAAUUCUCCAAACUACCUAUGUUUAUAAAUUCAGGACUAGCCAUGGAUGGCCUGUUUGAUGACAGCGAAGAUGAAAGUGAUAAACUGAGCUACCCUUGGGAUGGCACGCAAUCCUAUUCAUUGUUUGACGUGUCGCCUUCCUGCUCUUCUUUUAACUCUCCAUGUAGAGAUUCCGUGUCGUCACCCAAAUCCUUAUUUUCUCAAAGACCCCAAAGGAUGCGCUCUCGUUCAAGGUCCUUUUCUCGACACAGGUCAUGUUCCCGAUCACCAUAUUCCAGAUCAAGAUCAAGGUCCCCAGGCAGUAGAUCUUCUUCAAGAUCCUGCUACUAUUAUGAAUCAAGCCUCUACAGACAUCGCACACACCGAAACUCUCCCUUGUAUGUCACAUCACGUUCAAGAUCUCCCUACAGUCGUAGGCCCAGGUAUGACAGCUACGAGGCGUACCAGCACGAAAGGCUGAAGAGGGAAGAAUACCGAAAAGAGUCUGAGAAGCGGGAAUCAGAAAGGGCCAAACAGAGGGAGAGACAGAGGCAGAAGGCAAUCGAAGAGCGCCGUGUGAUUUACGUCGGUAAAAUCAGACCUGACACCACACGGACGGAACUGAGGGACCGCUUUGAAGUUUUUGGUGAAAUUGAGGAGUGCACAGUAAAUCUGCGGGAUGAUGGAGACAGCUAUGGUUUCAUCACUUACCGUUACACCUGUGAUGCUUUUGCUGCUCUUGAAAAUGGAUAUACUUUGCGCAGGUCGAACGAAACUGACUUCGAGCUGUACUUUUGUGGACGCAAGCAAUUUUUCAAGUCUAACUAUGCAGACCUAGAUUCACACUCAGAUGACUUUGACCCUGCUUCCACCAAGAGCAAGUAUGACUCUCUGGAUUUUGAUAGUUUACUGAAAGAAGCUCAGAGAAGCUUGCGCAGGUAACAUGUUCCCUGGCCGAAGAUGACAGAGAUGGUGAAUACCUCACGGACAGCGUGUCCUUCCUGGACAGAGUAUUGCAAGUCAUACUUAGGAAGUUCUCCUACUCUACACUCUCUGUACAAAACAAAACAAAACAACAACAACACAACAAUACAGCAACAAACAACAACAACAAUGGUUUACAUGAACACAGCUGCUGAAGAGGCAAGAGACAGAAUGAUAUCCAGUAAGCACUUGUUUAAUCACGGGUGUCGGCUUUGCUUUCCCUGGAGUCUCUUGGUGACAGUGUGUGUGUGUGUGUGUGUGUGUGUGUGUGUGUGAGUGUGUGUGUGUGUACGUGUGUGUGUAUGAGUGUGUGUGUGAAGACUGGGGCCAUCUGAUCAGAAUGUGCAAGGGCAAACCAUUUCAAAUGGCAGCAGUUCCACGAAGACACACUUAAAACCUAGAACUUCAAAAUGUUCAUAUUCUAUUCAAAUGGAAAAUUUUAUAUAUAUAUAUAUAUAUAUAUGGAAAGAAAACUAACCAACCAGAAAUCACCCUAAAAUGACAACUGCUGAUGUGCAGGCAUCAGCCUCCUACUCUGAUUUUUAAGAAAGUGCAAAAUCAACUUGAAGCAAGCUUUCUCUCAUAGCAUUAAUGAUUAUCUGACAAUCCUGAAGAAACCACAGGUUCCGUAGAACUAAUAUCCUGUCCUCUGUCUCUGUCUUUCUGUCUGUGUCUUUGUCUCUCUGUCUCUGUCUCUCUGUUUCUCUUUCUGUGUGUCUC